AUGGGCAUGGUCAGGGGCAGCCUCACUCGGGUUCCAGGGGUGAUGGGAGAGGGCACUCAGGGCCCAGAGCUCAGCCUUGACCCUGACCCUUGCUCUCCCCAAUCCACUCCGGGGCUCAUGAAGGGGAACAAGCUGGAGGAGCAGGAUCCUAGACCUCUGCAGCCCACACCAGGGCUCAUGGAGGGGAACAAGCUGGAGGAGCAGGACUCUAGCCCUCCACAGCCCACCCCAGGGCUCAUGAAGGGGGACAAGCGUGAGGAGCAGGGGCUGGGCCCCGAACCUGCGGCACCCCAGCAGCCCACGGCGGAGGAGGAGGCCCUGAUCGAGUUCCACCGCUCCUACCGAGAGCUCUUCGAGUUCUUCUGCAGCAACACCACCAUCCACGGCGCCAUCCGCCUGGUGUGCUCCCAGCAUAACCGCAUGAAGACGGCCUUCUGGGCAGUGCUGUGGCUCUGCACCUUUGGCAUGAUGUACUGGCAAUUCGGCCUGCUUUUCGGAGAGUACUUCAGCUACCCUGUCAGCCUCAACAUCAACCUCAACUCGGACAAGCUCGUCUUCCCCGCAGUGACCAUCUGCACCCUCAAUCCCUACAGGUAUCCGGAAAUUAAAGAGGAGCUGGAGGAGCUGGACCGCAUCACAGAGCAGACGCUCUUUGACCUGUACAAAUACAACUCCUUCACCACUCUCGUGGCCGGCUCCCGCGGCCGUCGCGACCUGCGGGGGACUCUGCCGCACCCCUUGCAGCGCCUGAGGGUUCAGCCCCCGCCUCACGGGGCCCAUCGAGCCCGUAGCGUGGCCUCCAGCGUGCGGGACAACAACCCCCAAGUGGACUGGAAGGACUGGAAGAUCGGCUUCCAGCUGUGCAACCAGAACAAAUCGGACUGCUUCUACCAGACAUACUCAUCAGGGGUGGAUGCAGUGAGGGAGUGGUACCGCUUCCACUACAUCAACAUCCUGUCGAGGCUGCCAGAGACUCUGCCAUCCCUGGAGGAGGACAUGCUGGGCAACUUCAUCUUCGCCUGCCGCUUCAACCAGGUCUCCUGCAACCAGGCGAAUUACUCUCACUUCCACCACCCGAUGUAUGGAAACUGCUAUACUUUCAAUGACAAGAACAACUCCAACCUCUGGAUGUCUUCCAUGCCUGGAAUCAACAAUGGUCUGUCCCUGAUGCUGCGCGCAGAGCAGAAUGACUUCAUUCCCCUGCUGUCCACAGUGACUGGGGCCCGGGUAAUGGUGCACGGGCAGGAUGAACCUGCCUUUAUGGAUGAUGGUGGCUUUAACUUACGGCCUGGCGUGGAGACCUCCAUCAGCAUGCGGAAGGAAGCCCUGGACAGACUCGGGGGCGAUUAUGGUGACUGCACCAAAAAUGGCAGUGAUGUCCCUGUCAAGAACCUUUACCCUUCAAAGUACACGCAGCAGGUGUGUAUUCACUCCUGCUUCCAGGAUAGCAUGAUCAAGGAGUGUGGCUGUGCCUACAUCUUCUAUCCGCGGCCCCAGAAUGUGGAGUACUGUGACUACAGAAAGCACAGUUCCUGGGGCUACUGCUACUAUAAGCUCCAGGUUGACUUCUCCUCAGACCACCUGGGCUGUUUCACCAAGUGCCGGAAGCCGUGCAGCGUGACCAGCUACCAGCUCUCUGCUGGUUACUCACGAUGGCCCUCGGUGACAUCCCAGGAAUGGGUCUUCCAGAUGCUAUCGCGACAGAACAAUUACACCAUCAACAACAAGAGAAAUGGAGUGGCCAAAGUCAACAUCUUCUUCAAAGAGCUGAACUACAAAACCAAUUCUGAGUCUCCUUCUGUCACGAUGGUCACCCUCCUGUCCAACCUGGGCAGCCAGUGGAGCCUGUGGUUCGGCUCGUCGGUGUUGUCUGUGGUGGAGAUGGCCGAGCUCAUCUUUGACCUGCUGGUCAUCACGUUCCUCAUGCUGCUCCGAAGGUUCCGAAGCCGAUACUGGUCUCCAGGCCGAGGGGGCAGGGGUGCGCAGGAGGUGCUCCUGGAGCUGUUGGUGGGAAUACACCCCUCAGGGGUUAUUGGACUGGUCCCUCACCUCAGGGACAGGGAGAAGAGAGAUAGUGUGUGUCCCCAAGGAAAAUAUAUCCACCCUCAAAAUAAUUCCAUUUGCUGUACCAAGUGCCACAAAGGAACCUACUUGUACAAUGACUGUCCGGGCCCGGGGCAGGAUACGGACUGCAGGGAGUGUGAGAGCGGUUCCUUCACCGCUUCAGAGAACCACCUCAGACACUGCCUCAGCUGCUCCAAAUGCCGAAAGGAAAUGGGCCAGGUGGAGAUUUCUUCUUGCACAGUGGACCGGGACACCGUGUGUGGCUGCAGGAAGAACCAGUACCGGCAUUAUUGGAGUGAAAACCUUUUCCAGUGCUUCAAUUGCAGCCUCUGCCUCAAUGGGACCGUGCACCUCUCCUGCCAGGAGAAACAGAACACCGUGUGCACCUGCCAUGCAGGCUUCUUUCUAAGAGAAAACGAGUGUGUCUCCUGUAGUAACUGUAAGAAAAGCCUGGAGUGCACGAAGUUGUGCUUACCCCAGAUUGAGAAUGUUAAGAGCACUGAGGACUCAGGCACCACAGUGCUGUUGCCCCUGGUCAUCUUCUUUGGUCUUUGCCUUUUAUCCCUCCUCUUCAUUGGUUUAAUGUAUCGCUACCAGCGGUGGAAGUCCAAGCUCUACUCCAUUGUUUGUGGGAAAUCGACACCUGAAAAAGAGGGGGAGCUUGAAGGAACUACUACUAAGCCCCUGGCCCCAACCCCAAGCUUCAGUCCCACUCCAGGCUUCACCCCCACCCUAGGCUUCAGUCCCAUGCUCAGUUCCACCUUCACCUCCAGCUUCACCUAUACCCCCGGUGACUGUCCCAACUUCACGGCUCCCGGCAGAGAGGUGGCACCACCCUACCAGGGGGCUGACCCCAUCCUUGCGACAGCCCUCGCCUCCGACCCCAUCCCCACCCCCCUUCAGAAGUGGGAGGACAGCGCCCACAAGCCACAGAGCCUAGACACUGAUGACCCCGCGACGCUGUACGCCGUGGUGGAGAACGUGCCCCCGUUGCGCUGGAAGGAAUUCGUGCGGCGCCUAGGGCUGAGCGACCACGAGAUCGAUCGGCUGGAGCUGCAGAACGGGCGCUGCCUGCGCGAGGCGCAAUACAGCAUGCUGGCGGCCUGGAGGCGGCGCACACCACGGCGCGAGGCCACGCUGGAGCUGCUGGGACGCGUGCUCCGCGACAUGGACCUGCUGGGCUGCCUGGAGGACAUCGAGGAGGCGCUUUGCGGCCCCGCCGCCCUCCCGCCCGAGCCCGGUCUUCUCAGAUGAGGCUGCGCCCCUGCGGGCAGCUCUAAGGACCGCCCUGCGAGAUCCCCUUCCAACCCCACUUUUUUCUGGAGAGGAGGGGUCCUGGAGGGGCAAGCAGGGGCUAGCAGCCGCCUCCUUGGUGCUAACCCCUCGAUGUACAUAGCUUUUCUCAGCUGCCUGCGCGCCGCCGACAGUCAGCGCUGCGCGCGCGGUGACAGGUGCGCCGUGGGCUCAAGAGCCUGAGUGGGCGGUUGCGAGGAUGAGGGACGCUAUGCCUCAUGCCCGUUUUGGGUGUCCUCACCAGCAAGGCUGCUCAGGGGCCCCUGGUUCGUCCCUGAGCCUUUUUCACAGUACAUAAGCAGUUUUUUUGUUUUUGUUUUGAAAUCAAUCAUGUUACACUAAUAGAAACUUGGCACUCCUGUGCCCUCUGCCUGGACAAGCACAGAGCAAGCUGAACUGUCCCAAGGCAGGGGCGAGCACGGAACAAUGGGGCCUUCAGCUGGAGCUGUGGACUUUUGUAAAUACACUAAAACUCUGAAGUUAAA